CCCCGCGGGCUGGUUUCCGGUUCGGUGGGUCCGAGAUGACGGAGCCGGGCGCCUCUCCGGAGGACCCCUGGGUCAAGGCAAGCCCCGUGGGCGCGCACGCCGGCGAGGGGAGGGCGGGUCGGGCUCGUGCACAUAGGGGGUCCGGAAGACGAGGGGAUUCCCUCCAGUCUCUAGAGUACGCCCCGCUCUCCGGGCCUGGGGGCUGCAGAGAAGACAGCUCUCACCCCGCAUGUGCCAAGGUGGAGUAUGCCUACAGCGACAACAGCCUGGACCCCGGGCUUUUUGUAGAAAGCACCCGCAAGGGGAGUGUAGUGUCCAGAGCUAAUAGCAUCGGUUCCACCAGUGCCUCUUCCGUCCCCAACACAGAUGACGAGGACAGUGAUUACCACCAGGAGUCCUACAAGGAAUCCUACAAGGACCGGCGUCGGCGAGCACACACUCAGGCUGAGCAGAAGAGGAGGGACGCCAUCAAGAGAGGCUAUGACGACCUUCAGACUAUCGUCCCCACCUGCCAGCAGCAGGACUUCUCCAUUGGCUCCCAAAAGCUCAGCAAAGCCAUCGUUCUACAGAAGACCAUUGACUACAUCCAGUUUUUGCACAAGGAGAAGAAAAAGCAGGAAGAGGAGGUUUCCACACUACGCAAGGACGUCAUGGCCUUAAAGAUCAUGAAAGUGAACUACGAGCAGAUUGUAAAGGCACACCAGGACAACCCCCAUGAGGGGGAGGACCAGGUCUCUGACCAGGUCAAGUUCAACGUGUUUCAAGGCAUCAUGGACUCCCUGUUCCAGUCCUUCAAUGCCUCCAUCUCCGUGGCCAGUUUCCAGGAGCUGUCAGCCUGUGUCUUCAGCUGGAUUGAGGAGCACUGUAAGCCUCAGACCCUACGGGAGAUUGUGAUUGGUGUCUUGCACCAACUGAAGAACCAGCUUUACUGACUGGCUCUUGGAACCUUCGGAACAUCCAACAAGAGGCUCUUGAGUCUCCUAAUUGGCUGUAGAGCCGCUGGGCUCAUAAGAUGGGACUGUGACACCGCAUACCAGUCAGCUGAUUUCUUGGUGUUUGGUUCCCUACCCGUACCUCUCAUCCUCAGUGGGGCUGGGGUGUUUGUUUGUGAAAGCUUCUGAUUAAUUUAUUAUAUUGACCAUAGAACUCAAACCUACCCAGUCUUCCCCCUUCCCAUAAAAGUCCUGAGGAUGGGGGGUCUGCUCUGGGCACCCCAAAGAGCUCCUGCCCUCUCCCCUCUUUCUAAGCCUCAGAUUUCUGCUCGUGAUCUACACAUAUUUGGAAACUACUGUUUGCCUCUGUUUUGGUCUCUUGGGCAACAUUUGGCCCAAGUUUGGCCAUUUUGGCAGUAGUUGGAUGGGAGGGAAGAAGAGAAAUACUCCCACAGCCGUGAAGGGUGAAAGGCUGCCUCGUGCCUGGGUUAAGGCUGCCUGGUCAGCCCAACGUGAGGCCAGGACUUUCUGGCCAGCUCAGGGCGUGGCUGCCAGGUUUCUGCCCUCGCCUCCUACUCUGUCACCUCUCCAUCCUCCCUUGCUCUGGGUGGUAGAGGGAAGCAACCUCCCCACCUACUUCUGUGCUCUCUGUCCCCACAGGCAGUAGCACUGCACAGCAACGUCAAGUGUGACACAGCACUACACAUUAAAAUUUUAUUUUUUAAACACCAACAAUGCAGUUUUGCUAGUUACAAUUUUGGAAAAUUAACUGGGCCUCAAAACCACCACCAGCCUUUCUGUCAAGUGUACCUGGGUCUCCACAUCUCUGUGCUGCCUGCAUUUCUCCCAGGACUUGGGGGUGGGGUGAAGGGGUAGAGAAGAUACUCUAAAGGCCUCCUGGGGUAUCAAGCCCAGGAGAGUCCUGGGUGCGGCCUGGGGCUCCUUGAAUGCUGUGUUUAGUAGCCUCACUCUACCCUUGUCCCCCAAGCUCCCUUCUGCCUUCCUCAGGUUUGAUAUCUGGGAGGUUUGAUUAUCCAGAGGAAAUUAAGUAUUUUUAUAUCAAAUUAUAUUACAAUAAAUAUGGCUAAAUGCUUUCCUUUA